CGGGCACGCACGGGCGGGGGAGCUAGCCAUUUAUCGUGGGGCCGCCCCAACCCUAAAAUCCUUGAACUGCCGCAAAUCCCGAAUUUCUCCACACCCAUUCUCACCCGAUCCGAGAUGUGCUCGGCUUCUUCUCACCUCGAUAACGACGUCUCGGAUUUGCAUCGGUAUUCAUCUCCCGGCCUUCCUCCUGCGGCAAAGUCUCGCCACGACAACGAGCAGAGGCCAGCGCAAUCAUUCGACAUCUCAAUCGUAGAACAAUCCUCCUGCGCGUGCCCCGCGGCCCCCACUUCUCCAACGGGGGCUGCGCUUCGGCCCUCGUUCGGGUUCCCAUUCCGGCAGCCCUCAACGGCCCUACCCAUCCACCUCCCCGUUCCCUUAUCGGGGCCACAAGCCCUCGCACCAAUGUCAGAAACACAAGAAAGUCCCAGCCUCGAGGAUCUCACGCCCGAGGAGGCCAACCGCAUCAUCCACUCCCACCGCAAGGUGCGCUACGGCACCGCUUGUUGGCCAUGCAGACAGAGGAAGGUCAAGUGCGACAACAAGAGCCCCUGUGAGAACUGCGUCAAGAGGGAACAUCCUCAACUCUGCUCCUACAAACCGAACAGAACUGCCGCUGGAAAGAGCAUCUCCAACACGUCGGAGCACUCAACGCCGGGGAAGAAGAGAGCACGAUCACCAGAUGAGCCAGGAGUCCGAAGUCAGAGCAACGAGGCCGCCAUAAGCGCAUACGAGCCCGACAAUACCGAGACCACGCGAUAUGUGGGUCAAAACAGCAUACCGGCCCUGCUCAGAGAACAGACAGCCGCCAGCGAGGCCCAGCAGGGCAGCGGCAUCCGCUCCGACAUGCGCUCCCUACUCGGCCUGGACAACUCGGCGCCCUUCCCGCUGAUGUCCUCACGCCAUAUGGAUAGGCUGACUACGGACAUUGCAUCCGAGCUGCCAUCCGACAGGGAGGUCAUGAAGCUCUUUCGAACCUACAAGGAGAUACCCCAGCCGUUCUGGGGUUUUGUCAUGGACAUCGAUGACCUCGAGUCCCGGCUUAUGGUCUAUCUUGAGGACCGCGCAAAGAACGCCAGGGCAUCGACCAAGACGACCAAACCCGUCUCGGCAUCCUGGCUGUCCAUUCUCUUCGCCGUGCUCGCUGUCGGCUCGCAGUAUCACGACGCGCCAUUCCACGUCCGGACGAGGGACUCGCAGAAGUACAUUCAGAUCUCGUUCCAUUUCCUGAGAGUAGGGAACUUCUUGCUGAGGCCCAAUCUGGACUCCAUACAAGCUCUGCUUAUGACGAGCUUUGUGCUGCUCAACGACAUGAAGGCUGAAGCUUCGUGGGCGUUGCUUGGGCUCACAUGCAGGCUAGCCCAAUCGCUCGGUCUUCACCGCGCACAGCCACUCGAUGGCCGGCAAACGCCCGAUGCCACGAAAAAGGAGACCGCGAGAAGGAAGUUAUGGUGGACUUGUGUUUGGCAUGAUACGCUCACGUCCUUGUCAUUCGACCGCUCCCCAAUGACCAACAUCCCAUGCUGUCCCAUACCACUUUCGCCAACCGCCAACACCGACGGUUGGGCAUAUCUGGAAGCCAUGUACCACCUCUGCCAGAUCAUCUCGCAGAGACUGAACCCCGACGCCAUUGCAAAUGCCACCUACGCGCAGAUUCUCGACAACUGCAAGGCCGUCGAGAACGUCCGCGACAAGUUGCUGGGCCAACUGCGCAGCAAGGAGGCGUGCAAGUCCGCCCUGGACCGGCUGCAGCAUUUCGCGAUACGGCUGCACACUUCCUUCAUCGUAUCGGUCUGCUGCCGGCCUGCGUUGAUGCGACGCGACAGCAACCACCUCGAUCCGCCGCAGAAGAGGACCCUUGCGGACAGAUGCAAGCAAAACCUGACCGAGACAGUCCGAAUGUUCCUCGCGAUGCAUCAGCUCUCCGUUAUCCCAACCCGCUCUUGGGCUUUCACCUACCACGGGCUGUCGUCAGCAGUCCUUCUGGGAAUCCUGGGCGAGACGAAAGCCGACCCAGAGGUCCGUCAGCUGCAAGGAGAUCUCAUCUCGGCGUUGUCAGCAACCGCGGCGAAGGAGCAGACCUCGCCUCAGCCUCAUAUCCGCAAGACGGAUCUCGACAUCGAGCUGUCCGGCCCGCUGUCUCGGGCGCUAGAGGCGCUCAAGAACAUCUACGAUCACGGAUCGGUCGUUGCGCCCUCGGUCAAGCGGGAGGGCAGCAUAUCCGGCCCCGCCUCGGGCACACGCACGCCGCUGCACCCGAUGCAGCCGGCCGGCUUCCUUCCAAGCGGCGCAACCGGCAGCCAGGACUCUCGAGCUGGCUCCAUCCUGGAUCCGCACCAGAACGCAGCGCUGGCCAUGACGGAGCUGCAGCAGCAGGGCGGCGGGUCCGGGCCCGACUAUUCAGCUGGCAUCCCAUUCUCCCAGCUGCCGAUUGGCUCUGGGGUUCCGCAGCAGCUUCCGGACAUGGCUGGGUUCGACCCGGCCAGCUACAUGUCGCCGAUGGAUCUGUACGAUUCAAUCUUCUGGGAGUCGCCUGAUCCUUUCAACACCGGGUUGGAUUCGAUGAACUUUGACUUCCUCGCGCACCCUCCGCCGGGCCAGCCACCACAGCAGCAGUUUUAUUUUUAAUUACCGGUGGUGUAUUUGGCUGCAGAUGGGCUGAUCUUUUCCUGUCUUGAUAUAUAUUACCCCACUCGGUGUUUGCCCUUGUAUAUGGGCAUAUUCAUGGAACUGGUCUCGGAUUUUAUCUUCGCCAUUUUCUCGGU